AUGAAGUUAGCUGUGGAUUGUGGAACUUCAAAAGAAUUACUUGAAUAUGAUAAGAAGUGUUCAAGUCGAGUUGAAAAUUUAUCGCCAUCCGAGAAAAGUUUAACAUGGCGAUUAGCACUUGAAUAUGAAAAUGCUCGCUUGAUGCAAUUACUUGAUGAUGAACGUAAAGCACUUCAUGAUGAAGAAGUUGUUCGUACGCUUGCUACAAGAAUGUUUGAGGAAGAGCGUCAAAUAAGGGAAAACUUGGAGGCAAAACUUAAUGAAUUGAUGGUGAAAGAAAAAGAUCGAACUAAAGAAGAAAGCAAAAAUCAAAACGAAAAUUCUCCGUGA